AGAUGAUAAUUGAAUGUGAUUGACCUACUGCAGGAUCGCUAUGUUAUUUAUGGAAAAAUCAGCGGAUGUUCAGCUGUAAUUUGUAGAUAUUUAGGUCGUUUUGGCUGAAUUAGGUCAAAUGGAUGAAGCAUCCCCAACUUCUAUGGCUACAGUUAAUAAAGCUGCAGCUUCCUCCUCCACUUUCCAGUCAGCGAAAACCCAGAUUGAAGUGAUACCAUGCAAAAUAUGUGGAGACAAGUCAUCAGGGGUUCACUAUGGGGUGAUUACAUGCGAGGGCUGCAAAGGGUUCUUCAGAAGAAGUCAGUCAGGGCCAGUCAACUACCAAUGUCCCAGGAAUAAACAGUGUGUCAUUGAUCGUGUGAACAGAAAUCGCUGCCAAUACUGUAGACUUCAGAAAUGCAUAGCUCUUGGAAUGUCAAGGGACGCGGUGAAGUUUGGAAGGAUGUCAAAGAAGCAGCGUGAGAAGGUUGAGGGAGAAGCUCAGUUGAUCAAGCAAGGCGUGUCUCCAGGAGUUAACGGGUAUGCUGAUGCGGAUAUUGGUGUGCAUUCACCUAAUAACAACUCUUAUUUCACAUAUUCAGGAAGUGAUAAUUACAUGUACCAGUCACCAAACGGUUACCAUGGUUACGGUGAUUCAUCUCUCAGUCCUACAGGGAGCAGUGGUGGAGUCUACAGCCCAACUGCAUCACCGACCACACCUCAGUCAGUCACCGUAGUUCGGACGGUUGAUCUACUAGACACAGUGGCGUUUGGAAAGGCAAUUCAUGAAGCUCAUCAACGUACAUGUUUAUACACUGCAGAUACUAUAGCUCAGCUAAAAUCCAAUACGAUAACAACAGAAACUAUAACAAAUUAUCAAAAUAUGACACAUCGAGUAUUAUGGACCGAAGUGGCGGAAAAACUUACAUUAGCUGUGCAGCAGAUUAUAGAAUUUGCCAAAAUGGUUCCCGGUUUUAUGGAUUUAUCUCAGGACGACCAAAUAAUGCUACUAAAAGCAGGUAGUUUUGAACUAGCGCUGUUACGGUGUACACAGGUGUAUGAUGCAGCCACAGAUAGUGUUGUAUUUGGUGACCAGUUUGUUCCUUUACAAGCUUUUACAGCAUUUAAUGAAGAAGAAAGACUUUUACAGAACCAAAUAUUUGAUUUGGUGAAAACAAUUCAGGCCAUAAACCUUACAGAGGCAGAAUUAGCCUUGUUUAGUGCAACACUAUUAGUUAGGCCAGAUCGUCCAGGGUUAAAGGAUAUUACAGACAUUCAGAAACUGUACGAGAAGAUUUCCUCCGCAUUGAAAAUGGAGCUCGGAAAAAAUAAUCGCGAGGACGAUAACAUGAUUACAAAGCUGAACCAAAUUACGUGGAUAGUACGGAACUUAAACACGCAGCAUAUAACUGUGCUAAAUAAAUUCAAACAGAGUCAGCCGGACGUAGAAUUUCCAGCCCUUCAUAAGGAACUGUUUAGUGUAGAAGGCCUUGAAAAUUCAUGAGAAAAAAUGGCGCAGGAAUAAUUCGUUGUUUUUUUUCUUUCUUCAUUAAUUUGGAGGGUAAAAGGAUUUAGUCGAAGCCGUCAUUAAAAUUGUUGAAAAGCAUGCUUUUUCAAUGCUUACAGCUCAUUUCCAAUGAAAUGGUUGGUUGUUUUUUGUUUUUUUUUAUUCUUUGUUGUUUUUAAUUUUUUUUAAUCAAAGGGAGACAACUUACAUAAUUCUAAAGGUUGUAAUGA